AUGUCCAGCAAUGCGUCAAAUCGCUUGACAAACUCCUUUGGUAUGGUUCCGUUCACGCAUCAUGAUGUCGCUCUCCUUGUUCACGAAGGCGCAUCUGUGCCGCCACUACCCGUAGAAUUCCUAGCAGGUCAGCAGAUUGAGCGUGCUGUUGGUGAUCAGCAGCAGAUUGAGCGCGGUCCUCAGCCGCAAAUUCAUGGACAGCCACAGGAGCUUCGUCGUCCAGUCAAUAAUGCACAUUUGUUGCCGCAGGUAGCUCAAAACAGCGUUUCCACUUCCGCGACCAACCUGCUCUUUCAUCAAUUUCGGCAGCCAUACGAUUUUCAGAGUUUAUUUAUGCAGGCCUGUCUCGCUGGAAAUGCCAGAGAUGUGGUGCAAACUGGAGCAGACGCAGUGCCCAUGGAGGAGGAAGUAGAAGCUGAAAAUAAUGAAGUUCAAGGGCAAGCAGUACCCGCUCGUGCGAAUUGGUUGCAUUCCUCAGAUGGGGAAGGAUUGCCUCAAGGAUUGCCACCUUUCACGGAGACUACCGAAUAUCUCCGGGUAUUCGAGCAAUCUCAUCAGAUAUCCGCCGGAGACAUUCGCAGUCAACUUGCUGGCCUCCCGCAGCUCAUUCCACUUGACGAAUUCGGCCGCUCCACCGCUCCGGUGGAUUCUUCAUCUUCAUCGGAUGGCAAUUUCUUCAAGGCCCCCCAAGAUCCCGAAGAGGACGCACUGAAACUCCCGGGCUCGCCCCAGCACAAACAACCUUCUGCCCUUGCUCCGGGUGUUUCCUCUGCCAAAAUACCACACGCCAAGGUCCUGCGAUUGCCCGUGGCAAUUCCUUGUUUUGACGGGGAUCAUUUCUCUCCUUUUGAAUGCCUUGCUCGUCACCAGAUGGAGUUUUUUGCGAAUCCAGCUGUAGGCGCUGCGGAGAUGCUUGCCAAGGGCCGGCCCGACAUUACCUCGAAGGUGGGUAUUCAGUGCAGUCACUGCGCUGCCGCAGAAGGUCCAGUGCAGAGUGAGAGUCCUCCAACCGCAACCUACCAAGCCUUCCCCUCGCGACUAAGCUCUCUCCGUGAGGUAUCCCUGGCUCUGACCAAGGUCCACCUUUGCGAGGCGUGUCCUCGGAUUCCACAGGAGGUUAGAAGUCAGCUGUUGGCACUUUUGCCCACUGUAGUAGCAACCCAGCAAGCGGAUCGGAUGAUGACAGAGGAAUAUACCCAUCAAGGUAGCCCAGAUUUCUGGGCGGUAGCUGCCUCAUCUCAGGGUAUCAUGGAGGUUCAGGAAGGUCUCUGCUUCUCGCCCGACCUGAUCUCCAAAAUAUCCAACCAUGGUGGCGAUGACAUGCCAGUGCCGCGGUAG